AUGGCAGCGAUUUCUCAAGCCUCCCAUGCAGCUGCUCUUAGAGUUCGGUCACAGUCUCCAAGCGUAAGCCGCAGCAGCGGUGGUUCAUCUUGCCGUCAGAGUCCAUCCGGCGCUGCUUUCAGUCGCUCGUUUCAGUCGACGACGCGCCAGCAAGCAUGCAGCAGCAGCAGACGCCAAGCGGCACUCGUGCAUGCGUCGACGGUCGCCACCGACCUGAAACAGGUGAUUCAGCAGCUGAUAGAGCGCAAGGACCUGACACAGGAGCAGGCACAAGCGGCAAUGGAGGGUCUUAUUGCUGGAGCAGAGGCGGCGCAGAUUGGCGCCUUCCUCGUGCUGCUGCGCGCCAAGGGGGAGACGCCUGAAGAGGUGGCAGGGCUGGCAGCGGCGAUGAGGAGCAUGUGUGUGGAGGUGGCAGCGGGGGACAACACAUUGGACAUAGUGGGCACGGGGGGCGAUGGCUUUGACACCGUCAACAUCAGCACUGGCGCCUGUGUGCUCGCUGCUGCCUGCGGUGCCCAUGUCGCCAAGCACGGCAAUCGCUCGGUGUCGAGUGCAUGUGGCAGUGCGGACGUGCUAGAGGCCCUCAACGUUGAAGUGGACCUCGGCCCUCAGGCAGUGGCGCGCUGUGUGCAGGAGGCGGGGGUGGGGUUCAUGUACGCGCCUCGCUUCCACCCCGCCAUGCGCAUCGUGGCUCCCGUGCGCAAGGCCCUCAAAGUCAGAACCGCAUUCAACCUCCUCGGACCCAUGCUCAACCCCUCAUUCGCCCCAUACGCCCUUGUGGGGGUCUUCAACCCGGAGACUGUCGACCUGAUGGCUCGUUCACUGCAGCGCCUGGGCAUCCGCAGGGCACUGGUGGUGCACUCCAAGGGGCUCGAUGAGAUCUCCCCCAUGGGCCCAGCAGACAUGCUUGAAGUGACACAAGACUCCGUUCGGCCCUUCCGUGUCGACCCCUUGGACUACGGCAUAGCGCGGUGCACAAUAGAGGACCUCAAGGGCGGGGACAAGGCGCUCAACGCCCAGCUGCUCAGAGACGCCUUUGGCGGGCAGCAGGGGGCCAUCGCUGAUGCGCUCGUGCUGAACGCGGGAACAGGGCUGGCAGCGUGUGGGGUGGCAAAGGAUGUGGGCGAGGGCAUAGCCAUGGCGCAGGAGGCGCAGCGCAGCGGCAAGGCGCUCCUCGUGCUUGAUCGAUGGGCCGCCCUCUCUCAGGAGUUGAAGAAGGCUGAGCAACUAGCAGUUGCUUGA